UUCCAGAAUAACUCAUUAAGCGAUCAUGUCGAACCGUUUCGGCUUCCACACUAACCAUUUCGGGAUAUCAGAGGAAGAACUUGAGUAUGAUGAAAACGACCCUUCAUGGUUCAUCACGUCACCAGGUGCAAAUGUCCUCCAUGGAAGGUAUGAGUCGGCAAAACCAUUUAUUGAAAAAAUGCAACGUCAACAUCGAACAUUUCUGGAGGAAAAGUUAGAAAAACGAAGAGAACUCCGUCAAGCGAUACGUGAAAAAGUUUCACGUGACUUUGAUGAAAAGUUGGAACAGCAUAUGGCAAAGUUUCAGCCAAAGCCUAGGGAACGACUAGUAUUAGAGUUAUUUCUUUCGCAGCAGAAGAAGGAGCUAGAAGAAUCAUUUAGGGAAAGAUUAAGCAAAAAUCAUGCUCUUGAAUCAGAAUCCGUUCUUGGUCCAUUAACAAAUGUCAGUACAAUAUCACAUCUUCCUAUAUCUAAACCUGCAACACUAGCAGAAUCGACGUUCAUUACAUCAAAAUCUCAGCCGGUAACAGAAGCUUCUGCCUCGGUCUCUUUGACAAGAUCAGUAAUUACCAUCGAUAAACCAGCAUCGAACAUAUCCUCAACGUCAUCUUCGGUGAUCGUUGCCAGCCUGACACCACCUAUCAGUACAGUCCCAUCCACUGUUGAUCAAAUAACUCCAAAGAUUACUGCAUCUUUUUCUGCGCAGGUUACUUCGACAUCAUCUUCACCAUCAUCCGCAACACCAAAAAUUCAGCAGCAGUCUGAUCUUUCCCCUGCAUUUGCUUUUCGUCCACAAAAAACUGACACACUUACUUCUGUUUCCUCAUCAGAAACAUUGAGAGGUGGCCAUGCAGCGCUUAUGAGAACGGACUCCGUUUCUUCAUGCAGAUCGUCAGCUUCAAGGAGUACUUCAUGGCCUUUACAACAGAUUGUAGAAGAGCAACAGCCUCUGUCAAACGAAGCAAGUUUCACUGUUGCGGCUGCACGAAAUGAAUCGACAGCCCAAUCUUUGUCAAAAGUUGAAUCUCUAACUGUAAGCAGCGGAAAAUCGAAUGAUUCAAACAUUAAAACUACCAGUCACUGUCAUCGAAUUUAUGGCCAUGAAAUAGCUUUCGCAAGAACGUUCAUGGCAAAUAUAGCAAAUAUAUCUGAUUCCGUCAAAAAUGAACUUAAAUGUACGAUAAAGGAAAAGAUUUCGAUAUCAACAAAGAAAUUUGCUAAGCAAAGUGAUGUUGCUCAGAUUGUUCGUUUCUUUACCAGUUUACUGAAUGGUUUAACAGUUUAUGGAUUUAACGAUAAAAUGAUCAACUUAAAAGAUGACGAACUGGCUCGGCAUUGGGCUAUGGCUCAUGUCAUUGAUACAUAUCUGGAUCUUGUUCCACAGGAUAUAAGUCUCUUAAAAGUAGUGGCUGCUAUUCUGUCAUCGCUGGCUUUGUCAUCAGUCACUUUUUCGAAAUUGCUGUAUGGCAAAUUGUUUAUUGCAUCGCCGCUUUUGGCAGUUAAUCAUGAUGAAUGCUUAAAGUGCAUUCUGAAUUUUAAAAAGCGUUCAGAGAGAUUCGCUGAAACGAUAGUAGCAUGGCGCAGUCGUGAAAUUGCCAUCAUAAAUUUAUUUAUUGCUUUGAAAAUGUCGAAUGCAAGUGCUGGUCUCCAAACGACACCGGUAAAUAAUGGUUUAGGAAUGAUGUGGAAAAUAAUCGCUUUAACAGCUUCAGACGAUUCAGUCUUCGGUGCUACAUUGAUUACAGAAAUAUUAAAGCAGCACUGGAAUGUGAUGCAUGCAACCUAUGGUAGACAAAUGGAAAAGCUGGUAAUUCUAAUUGACAGGUCGGUUCUGCCGCACUGGAAAGCUUCACUUCGAAAAAUUGCACCGGACAAUUCGGAAAUGAAUGAGACAAUCCAGAGUGUUACGGAAAACUAUUUAACAGCAUUAAAAUUUACGGUUGAUGAUUGUUUGUCAUCAUUCCGUUCAUAA